AUCUUCACCGCCAAACACACCAACAGUAUGUGUAACGUCUUUCAUUCUCCUUGGCUUCGUCCCCUUCGACAGUUUUGGUUUAUUGUUCCCGACCAACUGUGCUGCGGGUAUGCUGUCUGAUUAUCGAUUCGGGUGUUCAGUAGAAUUUGAUUAGUUUUUGUCUGUUGUUCAAAGGAGUAUGGCUCUGACGACUGUACAAUCAAUCGAGAAGGCCCUCAACCUCGUCGACGGGAAGAAAGAGAACUUGAAGAAGGCUUUCGAGGAAUUGCAAUCGCGCUCCUCUUUGCUCUCCUCACUCAAUUUCACAUGGCCUGAUCUAGACGCUUAUUUUAGCUCCAUUCAGACCCAACUCCUACAGAAAUUGUCGAUCCUCCAAGCCCUCGAAUCUUCCCAAACCCAGAAUAUCAUCGAACCUGUAAAACGAAAAGAUUCUUUGUCGUCGGAACCGGUACCCGCACGACCCGAACUGAAGUCUCUAUGUGAAAAUAUGGAUGGAUUGGGUUUGCGUAAAUACGUCGUUGAGCGGCCCAAGGAAAGGACUGCUGUUAGGGUUGAGUUGGCCGACGCUUUUAAGCACGCGCCGGACCCGGGCUCGAUGGUUCUGGAUGCUCUGGAGGGUUUCUGGGACGGGAAAAUUGGGAACGGGUCUAGGUUGAGGACAGCUUGCGUGGUUUUGUUGGAGGAGUUGAUGAGGGCUGGGGUGAAGAUAGGGCCGGAGGUUAGGGAACGUGCGUUGGCUGUGGCAUUGGAGUGGAAGGGAAAGAUGGCAGCAAAUAGUGGUAAUGGUGGUGAUGGGGAUGAGGAGGGGAAAGAGGAGGAGGGGGGUCUGGAGACGCUGGGUUAUUUGCAGCUCUUGGCUACAUACAAGCUGUUGAAUGAUGGUGGGAAUGAUGAGAAUGAGCUGAUUGAUUGUGUUGUUUUGAUUGCAAGGUACCGGCAAGCUGUCGACUUGUGUCGAAUUCUCGGUCUUGAGAGUAAAGUUUCUGAUGUUGUACAGAGGCUUAUCAAUAAGGGUAAGCAACUUUUAGCUCUUAAAUUCAUUAUUGAGUUUGAGCUAACUGAUGAGUUCCCUCCCGUGCCCUUAUUGAAAGCCCAUGUGAUGGAUUCAAAGAAAAUUGCUGAGAAAGUUCGUAAGACCGGGAAGAGUUCUCGUCAGUCUUUGAAUGAUGCUGCAAUGAAAGAAAUUAGUGCACUGAAAUCAGUGAUUAAGUGCAUCGAGGAUCAUGCUCUGGAAUCUCAGUACCCAAAAGAUGAACUGGUAGCACGCAUUGAGAAGUUGGAAAAAGAGAAGGCUGACAGGAAAAGACCUGCCGCAGCCCCAGUACCCAAACCUCAGCAGCAGGUGAAGCAACAGAAGCAAAAUGGGAACAAGCGAAUGAAGGGAGCUGCCGGUCCAUCAGCAUUUAAAAGGAAAACUCUUGCUAAUUCAGGUGUUCCCUCAUCACAGCCAUCUUCUGUAAAGAGGGCAGGUUUAUUGCCCGAUCAUGCUGCUCCAUACCUCAGUUCACCUGCUGGGACCUAUGGCAUGGCAGGAUCUCUUGUGGCUGCUGCGCCAUAUGGGAGCUCCUCUGCAGACUUGUAUGUGUUGUCGGGAGCCCCUGUGGGCUUUUCCGGGAACCUAAAUCCAUCUGUAUCGAAUCCUUAUCCUUCAGAAACACAUGCACAACCUGGUUAUUAUGAUAGGGCGAUAGGUUAUGGUGGAUAUGAUGUGCCGUCUCAAUACCAUCCAGCAUACUAUCCACAGUGAUACAUUGACCUCUGCAAACUUUGGAUGGUCAUAUGGCAUGUGUCGGAAUUUAAAUGUCAUUAUCGGAAAGCAUUACCUGCUUUUCAGAUCACUGAGAUUUUGGCACAUGACCAAAUUUGGUUUUUCCCGUAGUUGUUAAUGAACAAAGGGUUCUUGAAAUAUCAUCUGAACCAGAAUCUGUGGUCCAGAUAUUUUAGAUUAAUAUGACUUGUUUCAUGUUGAUCGUUCACUUUAGAGCUUAUCUGACAACCAACUGGGAACUUUUGGAAAGUCCCCCUAACAAGAAGUUUCAUUACCCCUAUAGUAGUUAAGCUGUUCUACAGUUUCUUUUUCUUGCAUACGUAGUUUGUGCAUGUGGAAACAGGAAAUCAGUUACUUUCCAAGUGAAUCUGAUUUUUCUGCCAAAGCUUGAUACCAAGCACUUCUGAGCUGCAGAUGGACUUCAAUUUCCAACACCUUUGCUAUUCAAACUUAUUAUUUCCUGCAAGUUGUACUGGGUCUCUGAAAUUUCUAUCCUGUGUUAACAGUCUGCUCUUCAUUUAGAACUGAGUGGAUUGAAAUUUCAAGUUGGUAGUUUGUCAAAGAGCUUAUAACCAACUUGUGUUUCACGGUAUUGGAUUGUGAGGAUGGAAUUCCUUGACCUCCAUGGGGAAAGCUUGGCUGGUUUUUUAAUAUAUUACUGGAUGUCACAUGCUAUGUCUGCAUGAGAUGCAGACAUGACAACACAUUUGUUGUAACACUACUUCUGCGAUUGAACCCAUUAGACUUUACACUAGCCUGGUAGGACAAACUGUUUGUCCUAUCGAUUUCUCCCAAAGAUCUUAUGGAUGAUGCCUGGGCAUUAUGAAGCACCAUUUGUUGGCCAGUAUGCUAAUUGUUGUGCGUUUUGUUGUUUCUUGGGGUUUAAUUGGAUGACUGUUUAGUUAACUAGUAGUAGGGUUAACAUUGAGAAAGAAUGUGUGUAAAGUGCAUAUUUGAUCUUUCUCGAAAAGGGAAUUGAGUUCAAUCUCUGAGAGAUAGCAAGAGUCCUCCGUUGGCUUUAUUUACUUGCUUAAAUAGAUCAAGUGUGUGUGUGUGUGUGUGUGUUCUUUGAUGUAGAUUCUUGGAGGAGGCAAAGGCACAAAGCCUUCAAGGUGGAGUAGGUUGCAACUCUUUUGUAUUAGUCCAAUAUGGGGAAUAAAGAAAUAAGGCCCGUGACAUCAAGAAUCCCACUCUUUGACAACAGAUUUUCUUUACAUUUGGUAAGCUUUUCGCAUGCAUAAAAUUUUUUAGAACAGUCGUUGUAUUUGCAAUUAGUUGGUACAAGUAUUGUAUUUGAUCUGUACUGUAAAAUCCAAAUUUCAAUACACUGCUUAAUAGUAUUAUAUUGUAUAUUGUUGAUUA